GCGGAGUGUUUACACGAACUGUCGUAAAAAGUCGUUCUCAGUGAUUAUCAGUCACAACUAUAAUUGAAAAGCGAAUCUGAAACUCUAAAAAACCAACGGAAUAUUCAAAAAAUCUUCGAGAUCCACCUGUGCACAAGUUGGGUCUACUGUAGUAGAGAGAUAACCUGGGGGAACGAAAAUAAACGACAGGAAAAUAGAAAACAUUUGAUCAGAGGUUAGGUCGUGAUAUUCCUUUGUUCCUAAAAGAUAUCCCGGAAUCGAUAAAAUGGCCGGUUCGUCAAAGGAAGAGCCAACGAUUGCCCAGAGGAUGUGGGAGAUGACCAACGACGUCGAGACGAUAUCAUCAGUCGACGAGAUAUACAGAUACGAUCACCAGGAGCAGCAGAGUAUUUUAGCAGCAAAACCAUGGGAGAAAGAUCCUCACUUCUUCAAGGAUAUAAAAAUUUCAGCCCUGGCCCUCUUGAAGAUGGUGAUGCACGCUCGUUCAGGUGGAACACUGGAGAUAAUGGGUCUUCUCCUGGGGAAAGUCACGGCCAACACGAUGAUCGUGAUGGAUUCAUUCGCUCUUCCUGUCGAGGGAACUGAAACACGUGUUAAUGCCCAUGAACAGGCGUACGAGUACAUUCCAGCGUACAUUGAGGCAGCAAAACAAGUUGGCAGACUGGAAAAUGCCAUCGGCUGGUACCACAGCCACCCUGGUUAUGGCUGCUGGCUCUCUGGAAUCGAUGUCUCCACGCAGACCAACAAUCAGACGUUCCAGGAUCCCUUCGUUGCAAUCGUCAUUGACCCCGUGAGAACCAUUUCAGCUGGAAAAGUCUGUCUGGGAGCUUUCAGAACUUAUCCAAAGGGAUAUAAACCAGCCAAUGAAGAGCCCUCGGAGUAUCAAACAAUUCCCCUCAAUAAAAUCGAGGACUUCGGAGUUCACUGCAAGCAGUAUUACCCCCUGGAGGUCUCGUACUUCAAGUCCUCCUUGGACAAACGCAUACUGGAGUCCCUCUGGAACAAGUACUGGGUCAACACUCUCAGCUCAUCGAGUCUCCUGACGAAUGCUGAUUACACUACGGGACAGAUCUUCGACCUGGCUGACAAACUCGAGCAGUCAGAGUCAGUUGUGGCUCGCAGCAGUCAUGGUUUUCUCAUUGCUGCUGAGUCUCAGGACACCAAGACAGAGGAUAAACUCACGAAAGCCACCAGAGACAGCUGCAAAACAACUAUCGAGGUCAUCCAAGGCCUCAUGACCCAGAUCAUAAAAAACAAACUGUUUAAUCAGAUUGGCUCCAUUCGAAUGGAGACAUAAUUUUUUUGCAUAUUUUUGUAUUAAAUCUGAAGAUGAGACACUCUCCGGACUCAUAGCAAAUGUCCAACGAAUUGGUUAUUAUCUACGAAAUUUUUUAAUUAUCAAUGGUAUUCAGUAACUUGUAAUGAAUGACCUUGACAGUAAAUAAAUUUCAUGGGCAGUAUCAAAAUGUUAUUAACAGUGUGCAGGGAAAAAUUUUCUGCUGGAUGCAAAUAAAUCGAUAAU